AUGGUUGGGACAAUUAAAAGUUAUCCACUAGAAGGGAUUUAUGACUUUUUUGCAAUUGAUUUGAGCUCCAAUCAAUUUGAAGGUCUGGUACCACUAUUUUUCUACAAAUUCGAAUCAGCCUAUCUUUCCAAUAAUAAAUUUUCUAGUCUCAAUUCCUCAUGUGAUGUUAAAGAUGACACACUGUUGAGUUUUCUAGAUAUUUCAUACAAUCGGUUGGCAGGAGAGUUUCCUGAUUGUUGGUCACACUUUCCUAGAUUGGAAAUUCUUAUUCUAAACAAUAACAAAUUAUCAGGAAAAUUACCUACUUCAAUUGGCUCUUUGCCUUGGAUUAAAAUCUUACAUUUUGGUAGCAAUAGUUUGAUUGGGAAUUUACCUUCAUCCUUGAAAAAGUGUAAAGAAUUGACUAUUCUUUACUUGGGAGAAAAUAGAUUACAAGGGUCGAUACCCUCAUGGAUGGGAGUUCUAUCAAAUCUUGUCAUUCUUAGUCUGCGAUCCAAUCAAUUCAAUGGCAGCAUCCCUUCAAGUCUAUGUGAGAUGGCAAGUAUUCAAAUAUUGGACAUGUCAUUAAAUUAUAUCUAUGGAGAUAUACCCAAUUGCGUUGGCAAUUUUACAGCAAUGAAGCAAAGGGUAAGGAUCAAAAGGUAUGUUACUGAAUAUUUUUUGGAUUAUGCUCCCCCUACUGAUACAUCUAUUACUCUUCCCUAUAAUGGAAGCAUCCAUGGCUAUGGUGCUCAAGUGGAGUUAAUAUGGAAAGGAAGGUUGUCUCAAUAUCAAAAUACAUUGGGACUGGUAAAGAGCAUUGAUCUUUCCAGCAAUAAGUUGACAGGGGAAAUUCCAAAAGAAAUUACUCAACUUAUUGAAUUGGUGUCAUUGAAUUUAUCAAGAAAUGAUUUAAGUGGAGAAAUUCCUAGACAAAUCGGUCAUUUGAAAUCUCUAGAUGCACUUGAUUUAUCAAGGAACAAUUUUUUUGGUGAAAUUCCUUUGAGCCUCUCUCAAGUAGAUCGAUUGAAUGUCUUAGACUUGUCAAGAAAUAAUUUGUCUGGCAAAAUUCCAACAGCCACUCAACUCCAGAGCUUUAGUUCUAGUUCGUACAUGGGAAAUCCUCAACUUUGUGGCCUUCCGUUAUUCAAGUGUCCGGAUAAUAUAAACUCAACUACUUUCAAUGAAAUUGAGGAUGAAUACUCUUUCAUAAACCGAGGAUUUUAUGCAAGUAUGGGGCUUGGAUUUGUAGUUGGAUUUUGGGGACUAUGUGGAACUUUAGUGUUCAUCAAAUCUUGGAGAUAUGCAUAUUUCAAGUUAUUGAAUUGCAUGGGAGAUUGGAUUUAUGUGAUGGUGGGAUUACAAAAGGAAAAAAUUUUGAGGAUGAUCAAAUCUUAG